AUGCAAAAGAAACACGGUCGGAUCCCAGCGUUCACGGGGUUUAAGACAUGGAGAAGGCUUUUGACCGUGUCUGGCACGACGGCCUCGUGCUGCAGCUCCUCGAAUCUCCUUACGUCGCGUCGCGCCUUUCUCACUGUUCGCACAUUCUUCAUCGCGACGGGAGAGGUUGAGUCGAGACCGCGACCCAUCGCGUUGGACUUCCCGCAAGGCAACGUGCUGUCGCCUCUGGCCUAUGCCACGUACACAGGCGACGCAUCAUAUCUCCAGAGCAGUAGAGAGAGCCAAGCGGGGGAAACAUAA